UUUUUCGGGUCGCGUAAAACCCUAAAUCAAAAAACUUGGAUUCUUCUCCUUCGAUCAAAGGUACGAACUUUGGGUCCUUCUGUCACAAUAUUCUACUCGAAACCAAUUUAGUUCAGGCUCCUUAAAUGGCAGACACUAAUGCAUCUGAAGAAACCAUCAUUGAUGCUUCUAAGGAGCAACAUGAAACGGUCGAUGAGAUGCUUGCCAGGCACAGGCAAGAGAUAAAACAACUACAGAACAAGGAGACGGAGCUGAAAAAGGCUGCUGCUAAAGGAAGCAAAGCUGAGCAGAAAGCUAAGAAGAAGCAAGUCGAAGAAGACAUCUCCAAACUCUCCACCAAGCUUAAGGAGAAACAGCUGAAAGAGCUCGCCUCACAAGGCUUCAGCAGCAGCACUAGCAGCAGCAUCUCCAAGGACGAAACGAACGAGAAGAAAGGAGACAUCGACACUCUAGUGAGAGCCAUCGCUGGAGUCUCAGUCACCGCUCAGCAAGAGCACUCGAAGCCGAGCAAGAGCGUGAAGAGACGCGAGAAGCGAGCCAAAGAAGAAGCGGAGAGAGAGCAGAGAAUCAAAGAGGAGCAGAGCAACGUGACAAGCGAUCGCAUGGUGGAGAACCAAAAGCUCGAGAAGAAGCUUAAACCCCUGGGGCUAACCGUCAUCGAGAUCAAACCAGACGGGCAUUGCCUUUACCGAGCAGUGGAAAACCAGCUCGCCAAUCUCUCGGGCGGUGCGUCUCCUUACACUUACCAGAAGCUAAGAGAAAUGGCUGCUGCUUACAUGAGAGAGCACAAAACCGACUUCAUCCCGUUUUUCUUAUCGGAAACCGAGUCUGAGUCCGAGUCUGCGGAGGAGCGGUUUGAGAAGUACUGCAGAGAAGUGGAGUCAACAGCUGCUUGGGGAGGUCAGUUGGAGCUAGGAGCGUUGACGCAUUGCUUGAGGAAACACAUAAUGGUGUUUUCUGGAUCGUUUCCUGAUGUUGAAAUGGGCAAAGAGUAUAAAUCAGGGGAUGGCUCGAGCCUUAAGUUGUCGUAUCACAGGCAUGCUUUUGGGCUCGGUGAACAUUAUAACUCCGUUGUGCUCGUCAACAACAUCACCGCAUGAUGAUGGGACUUUCUCUCAAGCUCUCGAGACAAUCUACUUUUGUUUGUAUCACAAGUUUUCAAGAUUUGCUGAAAUUCUAUUGGCUUUCAAACUGUAACUUCAAAUUUUUUUUUCAUUACAGUUUCAAGUUUUCAUUACAGAACACAUGAAUGUAGCAGUUCUAAUGUAUUGACCCUUGGAAAAUUUUGGAGCUAAUUCAUUUUGGGGGUUCUAGA